CUCAUUUCAGCAAGUGCGUGUCAGCAGUGAGCGGAGGUCCAGAGGUAACGCCACCCGUACAGCAGAUAUUACGCAGGAUUCAUGACGGCUUAGACGGCUUGUUCAUCCCUGCCAGGUGUGGACCUAAUUCUAAACCCAGUAUGAGCACUAUAGCCUACUGGAGCUGAUAGCUUGCUUUUGAAUAUUUGUGGACACAGGACUGUGGUGAGCAGAGAGAGAACAAUAUGGCUCUAUUUAAGCUGGAAAAUGUUGAAGACCUUUAUGAGAUUGGAGAAGUUUUGGGAAGUGGUCACUUUGGGCAAGUGCACGAGGUGCGGGAGAGAGCCACUGGUGUACUAUGGGCGGGGAAGUUCCUGAAGCUGAAGCGUGGUGCGGGAAGCAGGCUGGGGCUGGAGAGGAAAAGUGUGGAGAAAGAAGUGGAGAUUCUUCAGGGCCUCCAAAAUCAGAACAUAAUGGCCAUCAAAGAUGUUUUCGAGAGCAGGACGGAGGUGGUCCUCAUCAUUGAGCUCAUAAAGGGUGGCGAACUCUUUGAUUUCAUCGCUGAGAAGGAAAACCUCACUGAGACAGAUGCCAUUGAGUUCUUGAAACAGAUUCUGGAAGGCGUAAGCUACAUGCACCAAAAAAACGUUGGCCACUUUGACCUUAAGCCAGAGAACAUCAUGUUGUCAGACAAGCACCCUCCCAAUCAACACAUCAAAAUCAUUGAUUUCGGCAUUGCCCAUCGCUUCAUUCAAGGGGAAGAGUAUAAGAGCUUAGGAGGAACCCCUCAGUACAUCGCUCCUGAGAUCAUCAACUACGAGCCCCUUAGUACAGCUGCAGAUAUGUGGAGCAUUGGUGUUAUUACCUACAUCCUUUUGAGUGGUCUGUCCCCAUUCCAAGGGGACACAGAUGAAGAGACUCUGAGGAACAUCGUGGCAAUGAACUACAAGUUUGAGCCUCACUACUUCAGUCAAACCAGUAACAUGGCCAAAGACUUCAUCCUGAAACUACUAGUUAAAGAUCAAAGUGAAAGGAUGACAGCCGAUGAAUGCCUCAUUCACCCCUGGAUUAAGCCUCUCAAUAGAACUCAAAUGGCCAAAAGGAACCGCUCCUCCAUCAACAUUAAGAACUUUAAGAAGUUCAAUGCGAAGAGGAAAUGGAAGAUGUCCUUUAACAUGGUUUCGGCCUGUAAUCGAUUUUCUCGAAUGCAGUUACUGUGUAAGGCCCGUGGUUCCGAACAACAAGAACUGAGGGACUGUGAGAGCGAUCAGGAGGACUCAGUUUCAAAACCUGCCUCGCUGUUACACCGGCGUCUUAGUAGCAAUUCAUAAAACUCGCCGGUUGAGGGAGAUAAAAACUACACGCAUCUGCUGUAGUGCUCUGUGCCGCAUACAGAGGGCGAGAGAGCGCACUUAAUCAGCAAUUCAAGCUCUUCCUUCAUCCGAGGCCUUGAACCUGCGAUUGCCCAACAACCAGCUACAAAUCCAGGUACAGUGGGUGACUUUAAAGAAGGAUUGGGCCAUGAGAUCAUCGUGGCACUCUUCAAACUAAUAUGCAAGCAUGUUAUUAGAGUUCUACCUCCAACAGACUUUGUGAUGCUUCUGCCUGAUACUGUGGAUAGGAGUGUCAAUUCUCUUGAAGGUUGUACCUGCAACAUUCAAAAUUCUCCUCUAACAUUUAAAGAAACUUAUUUAGCUGGGAUCCAAUUUGGUGUUUUACUGUUUCUUUUUUAUGGUUCGACUGUAACAAAGUCAACAUGCCACAUGGUGAGAUUUUAUUACUGCUUUUAUGUUUAUGUCAAGAAACACACAUAACACAAAUUGUAAGAGAGGACUUAAACAGUUGAGUCUUUUUUAGUCAGGCUUCUGGGCUGAGUGCCUUAACCUUCAUAUCGUCUCAAAAACAUGAUGCAAACCAAUGCAUUUUCUCCCAUCCUGGAUCAGACUACCAGAGACCACAAACUAAUCCCUACAAUUUACACCAAUCUGCUUUAUACUGCCUCAUAUAAUGUACAACUACAAAAUGUAUUUCAUUUUAAAGACUUUGUGAGAACCAGUUGCAUUUUUAAUCUGUUUGGCUGAAUUGUAGUUCAUGUAUUGCUGUGAAUGCUUUGUAACCAAAUAUUCUUUAGUGCUAGUACUGAUAGUAUUUUUAUUUUAUUUUAUAUUAAAAAAAAAUGGUGUGCCUGAAAGUUUACUCUCUAGUUGCCGUCUUCAGUAAGUUAAUUUAUGACACUUACAAACAGCAGUUGUAAAUUCUUUGCUUUUGACCUGUUAUGAUAACAUAUUACUCAUAUAUACAACUUUACUCAUAUAGUCUAUAUAAUCUAACAGAGAUUUCGUUCGAAGUGUCAGUUUAAAUGUACUUGAAUGGCGACAUUGAUGCAAUUUUGAGUUUUAUGUAAUAAUGCUUGAACUUGAAGGCAUCUAGACACUAUUUGUGUCCUUUACUGUCAGGGUUGCUAAAAAGUAUAUUACCUUUUUUUAUAUAUAUAUAUAUAGUGCCUAACAAUAUUUUUGGUGAGAAAAAGAAAUAUCUCAAAUAGAAGUGAGUAUUUUUCAAAGGAUACUGGUCUUCCUUAUAGGUCUGUAAACACUGUUCAGAUAGAGAAGUCUUCCAUUAUCCAAACAUUACAUUUUACCCUCUUACUCUCUUUCACUUGUUGAACUUGUAAUGUGAGUAUCGCACAAUUGUCUGUUGUAUAUUGUUAUAUCAUAUAUUAUAUAUUUUGAAUAAUAUACCUGACAUAUAAGAAUGUUAAUGUGCGUUAUGUAACAAAUUAUGUUUACGUUAAAACAGGCUUUGCUGUAAUAUUUAAUAUUACAAUUCAAUUUAUCAAAAUAGCCAAUGGGAUCAACUUUAUAUUACGUGUUUUUGCAACUAUGUAAUUAAGCAUUUCAUACAAUGUACUUGUUAUGUUCACACAUGUGUUGUUGCAGCAUUGUACAUACAUUUAAAGUACCUGCAUGUAAUUACAUCUGCUAUUACACUGUUAACAUUACCACUAAUCCUAAACCUACCCAUACCUCAACCUCAGUAGCAGCAAAUGUGAAUCUUGUGAGACUUUUUCUUACACAAUAAGUACUUUGUAUUGUAUGUAUUUUAAUGUUAGUACAUAGUAGUUAGACACUUAAUAUAAAGUGGAAUCAGUCAAUAGACUACAGUUUUAAUUCAUGUUUUUUAUAUUACCUUAUUAUUAUUGUUUUUAAAGUGGUGCAUGUCAGAUUAGUAAAUGUGAUUUCAUACAAUGUUUCGUCAGAAUGAGGGAAGGCCCUCAAUACAUCUCAGAUCAGUAUGUGCGUGUUGUUGAAUUCAGUGCAUUUGUGCUUGUUUCAUGACUUGUUGUGUUUUAUGUAAUUUGUAUAUAUUUAUAUAAACUCAGCAAAAAAGAAACAUCCUCUCACUUUCAACUGCUUUUAUUUUCAGCAAACUUAACCUGUGUAAAUAUUUGUAUGAACAUAAAAAGAUUCAAAAACUAAGACAUAAACUGAACAAGUUUCAAAGACAUGUGACUAGAGCAGUUUUUGCCAGUCCUUUCAAGUCCAGUGAAGGUGGGUUUGUGCCCAUAGGUGAGAUUGUUGCUGGUGAUGUCUGGUAAGGACCUGCCUUACAAAGGCCUGCAAGCCCUCAGUCCAGCCUCUCUCAUCCUAUUGCGGACAGUCUGAGCACUGAUGGAGGGAUUGUGUGUUCCUGGUGUAACUCAGGCAGUUGUUGCCAUCCUGUACCUGUCCCGCAGGUGUGAUAUUCGGAUGUACUGAUCCUGUGCAGGUGUUGUUACACGUGGUCUGCCACUACGAGGACGAUCAGGUGUCCUUCCUGUCUCCCUGAAGCGCUGUCUAAAUAUCUCACAGUAUGGAUAUUGCAAUUUAUUGCCCUGGCCACAUCUGCAGUCCUCAUGCCUCCAUGCAGCAUGCCUAAGGCACAUUCACGCAGAUGAGCAGGGACCCUGGGCAUUUUUAUUUUGGUGUUUUUCAGAGUCAGUAGAAAGGUCUGUUUAGUGUCCUAAGUUUUUGUAACUGAGACCAUAAUUGCAUACCAUCUGUAAGCUGUUAAUGUCUUAACGACCGUUCCACAUGUGCAUGUUCAUUAAUUGUUUAUGGUUCAUUGAAACAGCAUGGAAAACAUUGCUUAAACCCUUUACAAUAAAGAUCUGUAAAAAUUUAGAUUUUUACAAAAUUAUCUUUAAAAUACAGUGUCCUAAAAAGGGACGUUUAUAUAUAUAUAUA